AAAACUAAUGAAAAAAAUUCAAAUAUAAUAACAAUAAACUAGUGAAAUGUGGUGCCUUAGGUGCACAUUAAACAACUAAAGUAACAAACUGAAAUAAGAGAUGACUAAACAACCCAUAAACAAAUUACAAGUAAUAAAAAAAAAGUCUGUUAUUAGUUGUCAAAUAGUGAAGGACAGUGGCAGAUCCAGGGGUAGGCAUCCCCGGACCACGACUCAGCCCUCUUCUGGUUCCAAAGUUAGUAUAGCACUCAUAAAUUUUAAAUUUUAGGUAUCGGGUUUUGUGCUUGUCGGGUCACGGUCCAUCCCUCUUCACCUCUUUUCAAAUGUGGUCAUGUACUCUACUCUGUCAUGGAUAUGUCGUUGAUGAAUUGAACUAUGUAUAAUUAAGUGGUCAAGGUAGGUUCGGGAAAAUAACUAGAAUGUAUUGAUUGAAAAUAUUGAGUUUAAGAAGACAAAAUAGAGAAAUCCAUAGUAUUGAAUACAUUAAAAAUACCGACGAAAAAACAAGUCAUUUGUAAAUGACUAAGGAGUUAGGAGUGGACAACUAUUUGCAAAUGAUUCGUUCAGUUUUUCGCAGACAAAUGAAUCAUUUGAUAGUUAACAAAUGACUCAUGCAAACGAUCUCCUCGGUUCUACCGGUACAAGCAAAUGUGUCUCCGGACUCCACCCAAAUUCAUCAUCAUACUUUAGAAAACAAAUGUUGUACCUUCUUACUUACCACUUCAUUGAUGUUACUCUGGAAUAGUAAGAUUCAAGAAGGAAGCAACCGGGAAGUCCCAGAGAACACACAGUACCCUUUGGGAACAAGAUGGGAUGGAAAACCCUCAAGUCAUAUGAGAAAGCAUGGGGAAUCCAGCUAUAAUCUUUAUGACGAAGACCACUGAAUCUUGGUCUCUUGACCUAAGAUAGAUAGCCACUUUCAAAUCACAAGAGAAUCAAUCAUGUGAUAUGGAAAAUGGGGUUAGGUUUGUCACUUUUUAACCAUAUUUGUCCAAACUAUUUUUAUACAUAUGGUCUUCUUUCCCUUCCACUCACACUCUCACAAUCAUCUUCAAACAUGACACCACAAUAAAGGAGGCCCUCUUUCUUUGCAUUGCUUCUCCAAUUCCACUUUCCUCUUGAGCCUCAUUUUUCAUUCUUGUGAUGAUGGCAAAAUGCAGGCCAAAAAGACAUACUAAUGCAUUCUCGAUUGUUGGAUUGUGUGUUUUGUGUCACUUGACUAGAUUAGACAAGUUAAAUUACAUUCAUUGAUAAUGUAAUUUAGAAAACUACAAGAUAUAUCACAUACUCCGGCGCUGAGACAAUUUACUCAUUUUGAACUCAUGCCCUAUUCAAACCUAACUCAUUACUCAAACCAAUUCCAGCCGAACACAUUACUCAAACAUACGAGUGAUUGUUUUGUUGGUUGUUUCCAUAUUCCAAAUGACAAGUUUAAUCUGUUGAAAAUUGAAAAUCAAUGCUUAGUCACUGUAGUUGUUUCUAAAGUUUUUUUUUUUUUUUACUGAAAUUGUUUCUAAAGUUUAUGGUCAAACAAACACAGAAACACUAGUAUAGUAGUAUGUAGCAAAUUCGAGAGAACCCAAAUUGUAACAAAGAUUCUCUUGUCAACCCAUCAAAUAGUAGAAAAGCAAGAACAGGCUAGAGCUAAGAUGGAAGCUGGAGGAGCAAGUAAGUAGGCUUUAGCCUGCAGGCAGGGCCAAGGUUCAGCAGAACAUAGAUGUGAUGUGCAGCUGCUUUGAAUACCAACACACUUGUCAGUUUCCUUUUCAGACUUUUUGUUAGGUGCUUUCUCACUCUGUCUGAAUCACCCAUAUUAUGGAUUUGUAAUUAGAAAAGAAGGGCAGAAUCCUCUUCCAACACAACAUAAUUCAAAGUUAACCUUGAGCUGGUUGGGAUUUUGCAUGCUCGUAAGGUUCCUCGACGAACCCCUUUAUCGAUUGCAUUUAAUCGCAAUCACUCCGGUGAAUUGUCCGGUAUAAAUGACAAGUCCAACUAAUUUAUCUAUAUUGUUCUUGAGAGUAACUUUGUUACGAAUUAGCGGUUAGCUAUCUUGGGCGCGACAUUAAUCCAAUCAGCCUAUGCAACUGAUAACACUUAUUGGUUGUGUGGUGAAAUUUCAAUCAGGAGUUAAUGUCAUUGAAGACCAAAACUUUAUGGUAAAUUACAUGGUCCUACUCUCUUUUUUGCUCCUCUUUCUAACCUAAACUCAGUUCUCUUCCAGCUUUAAAUAGAAACCAAACCAGCCAACUGUGACUGAGGUCCCCUACAAAAGUCCCAGAACAGAGCACUAAAGUGAGACAAAAGGAUGGUUUCUUUUAAGAGAAAGGCCAAAGACAAAAGAAGAGAGACAAAGGGGGAAAGAGGAUUAUUAAUGAACUGGCAGAACAAAAACAUGUUGUAAAUGUAACUUUCAACACUCUCAUCCUCACAAGUUGGCCUCAGCCAUAGUUGUAUGCAAUGCAACAGUCCAAUUCAUAAUCAAAAGAACAUGGCGCACGAGUCACGUAGAGCAAAUACGCGCGAUGAAUACCAUACAAUUGUAUCGAAUCCAUGUUUUGAUCAAGUAGUGAUGACAGUAGAUAAAGAGGCAAAUUGUUAAUUGCCCUUCGAUUUUGACUUGUCAAUUGGGUCGUCUUUGUUUGGGGAAUCUGCUUCUCUCACUGAAUUUCUGUUGGGUUUGGAUUCUUCUGCUUUAUCUUUUUUCCAUUUCCGCAGCUUCAAUGGCCAACGAGAGAUGACUCAAGCAGUCAUCCUUUCCUAGUAAGGCACUCGUUAAAACACCAGUCUCUCGAAUUGGGGGAGACUACCCAUUAUUGACAACGACUUAACAUCCCAAUUAAUUUUGGCAGCAAUCUGUUUUUAGGGUUUGGUCUGUGAAUUCUGCAUUGUGGAUAGAAUAUAUGAACAUGGUUGAUGUCUAAUUCCAUAUGCUUUCCAAAUUCAUCAUUAACUUAACGAAAUAGCAUGAACGACUUAUCGUUAUCAUUCGUAUUAGUUUAUGAGUUGUCCACGUCACUAAUCAACAGAUUUUAAAAUCAAUCCGAACAACAAUCUAUCGUUGAAAUCCAUCCCAAAUGCUUCAUCCUUCCAUCCACUGUUCCAAAUCUAAUUGUCACGCUCUGUUUUCUCUCCCCCCUUCAUUCCUCAUUCAAAACAGAGUGGUACAGGUCCAGCAGCAACAAAACAAACCGAGGAAUAAGAUUCCUACCGCAACCAGACCAGACUAAUACCACUGUUACAAAGUGAAAUCAUACACAUGUCCUUUGGAACCCAAACGGCCAAGUAAUCAAAAGAGGAAGAUUAUUGUGGCAAGCAAACGACAGGAAAUACAGAAAGUCGAAACCAGAAAAUCAGAUAGAGAUGUGACGACCCAUUUAGGAAUAGAGCUAUGCUGGCUACUGUACUAUUGCAGAAGAAGCCUCUCUGGCCUUCUCUCUCUCUCUCUGGCUCGCUGCCCAUUGCAAAAGAUUAAACCUUUUUUCCUCUUUUUUGUUUUUCAUUUUUCUUACCUUUGUGUGCUUUCCUUUUCUCGGGCUAGUAAAAUGGUAAACUGAUGGAAUUUGAGCUUCCCAAUGUACUCUACCCAAAAGCAGCAAACAAUAUGACUGUUUCCUUCCUCCAGCUUCUCAAUUACCACAGCUUCUUCUCCUCCUUGUUUGCUUUGGCCCUCUCUCUUUCCCUGUCACUUUUACUCUACUCUUCAUAAAGGUCCAGCCUUUUUCACCAUUGACCCAACGAUCAACCUCAAAUCCCAACACUUUCCUGCUUAUCUCAUCAAAAUCAAACCUGGGUUUUGAGUUUUGAGUCGUUUCCGCAGAUGGGUUUGGCCGGGAAGCUGGAAUCGGUCAAGAGUUUCAGCAGGAAGCAAUGCAGGAGCUUGUUCUGGAGAGUGAGAGCUGCGGUGAAGAAGGCUAUGAAGAACAGAUGGGGGAGCCAACACGGGAAGAAGAAAUUCCAGUAUGAUCCGUCGAGUUACGCUCUGAAUUUCGACGAUAGUUGCCGCCAGUUCUCCUCCUCCACAUCCGCCGCCGCCGGUGAAAUUGGGUAUUGCUACCCGUUGAAGGUUGCCGGGAACAAUGUUGAUGGGAACAGCAUUUUUACCAUCUGGGUUUACGUCGUUUGGGUAGAAUCAUUCGGUUUCUAGAUGGAUUUGGCAGUUUUAUUUUUGGCAGGGCUUUCAUAGGCUUUGAACUCGCCGGAGUUAUGUUACUUUGGUCGGUAAAACUUGGUCCGGUGUAUAAUUGCGACGAUGUUAGUUUUUUUACUGCUGUGGUCUCGUUUUGGCAAUUAAAUUAACUGCGGCGACUGUCGUCUCAUCAGGAAGCAUUGACUUGUCCCCGUCGGGCUAAGCAAAAAAAGGCUCCACCGAACUUGCAAUAAAUCUAUUUGCAGGCG